GAUGUCCUGGGCGCUAUUCGGUCCACCGCAGACCUACUGACCUUGUGUCAUCGAGUAACGGUGAAUUCUUCGAGAGUUCUGCAGAUCAUGAACGCAUCUGUAACUUCUCUACCGUCUUACGUCAUCGGUCGUGUGGUUAUGAAGAUGCUGAACCAAUGGUUGCAGAAAUGUGGAACCAGAGAUAGACUUCUGGCAAUUGCUCAGGCGUUUCGUUUCAAUGACGCAGCCAAAAUGAUAGCAGAAGCACUCGGAUCGCAACCAAGCUACCCAAACUUCAUCUCGCACUGCAACGUUGACCACAGAGGAGGAACCCUGGCCCUCGAUCAACUUGGUGUCACUCUAUCUAUUCCCGAAGGAGCUAUACCAAAAGGAAUGGGAUCGGUUGUGACCCUUCAGGUAUCAACUCAUGAUGCUCCUAGGAUUCCCCUCAGAGACGGUGAGGUCCUGGUUACCCCAGUCAUAGAGACUUCCCUCACACAAGAACUAAUCAAACCUUGCAAAGUCGUACUACCACACUGUAUCAGUCUCCGGGGGAGAAGUGAUGACUGUUCUACCAUUCUCCACACCAAAACAAAACCAAGGACUUUCGGUCGGAGGAGCCUUACUAGGGGUACAUCACAUACCGCAAAAUCUGAGAUCGUGUUUCAUACACGUCAUCUUCAAGUCUUGGCUCUGUCUUCUAGCGAUAGUCCAGGAGUUCAGUUAAGAUGUGUCGUCUUCCAGCCAAUCAUCUUGACUCCAGAAGAGGAACCACGUUUACGCGUCUACAUAGUUCAUCCCUAUAGGAUAUAUAUGAAGCAUAUAAGCCGAAAGGAAAGGAAUUCAUCUGUUCCCUACUGUCAAGUCCAGAAGGAAUUCCAGUUCUCAAUACAGCCAACGUCAAAGCACCUGAAGAUUAUACUCCAGGAUGGAGGAAAAGUACAGAAAAGAAUGAUGCCGAUUAAAGGUAUACUGAGUGGAGAAUGCGAUCCUCUGAUCUUCAAGCUGCAGUUCUCUGCUGAAGAGAAAGGCAACAAGGACUUGAACAUUACCAUCCAAGAAGAUCUCAAACGAACAGCAGAAAAACAAAUUUCCAUCUCUAUAGAAGAUGAACCAGAUUAUGCUGUCGACAACAUCACGGAUACGCAUCAACAUUUUGCAUCUAAUAAUCUGCUUGAGGUACUUGCCGAUGUGAUCCAUAAACUGAAGGACUUGACAUCUCUUGGCUACCAACUUGGCUUCUCGCACCAAAGUAUGAGGAAAUAUAAUUUUGAUAAAAUCUCAAGAUCAGGCUUGAUUGAGAUGCUAAGUGAGUGGAGACGGAGGGUCCGACCAAGUGAGCAGGUAGAGGAACUUCAUCUGGCCUUGCAGAACGCUGGUCUAGAAUAUCUAACAGACGUGAUCUUCCGAGAAAUGGGUGGUGCCUCUAGGAAGAAGUUUGAACGACUCAAACAAAAGUGGGAGUCAAGAAGUAAGAAGAUAAGUAACUAAACUGUUGAUGAUCACCCAACAACCAGGAAGGACUUCGCAUGAAUUAUGUAUUGAGUACUACAAUGGAACGGAAUAAAAUCGCCUACAUAUUCUUCAUUCAUGUCUGGUAGACAAGUUGAUUCUGAAUUGGAACAUCGCUGUACAGUCUCCUUGUAGCCAUCAAACAUCUUGGCUGCUCCAAUCCUAAAGGUUAGCGCUAUGGAGGUGUUGUAUGGUUUGGGAUGUUCGGCACUUUUUAUGAUGUCAUCGCCCGGGGGGGGGGGGGUACUCGACCUUAAAGGUAGUAGGUAUUUGCCCGGGGGCGAGACAAAAAACGGGGGCCUUGGAGUGGGCUUAUUGUAAAAAGGAGGGUCUUCGGAACUACAAAUGUUUGUGAAAACGGGGGUCCUUGGAACGGGUCGCCUGCGUGUGAGUACUGCGUAUGCAUCCCAUGCAUCCCUAUGGAACGUACAUGCAGUUAGCCCGGCGCCGCGGGCGCGCUAGCGCAGAGGCGAUGGUCGGACAGCGCUCUGCGGCCGCUUUUCACCAAAAUUGCGGCUCAUAAUAAAUUGUAGCAGAUCAAUGCGGCUGGAACGGCGUAACGGAAAAUAUGCGAAGCUUUGGAGCGGAUUUUUUUCUUCUUAUUUCUCGAUAAGAAGAAAAUGCUAUGCUUUGGAGCGGCUUUCUUUGUUCUUUUUCUCAAUAAGACAAAAAUGCUAAGCCUUGGAACGGAAAUUUGAGUGUAAAAAUGGGGUUGCCCCUCCGCGGCACAUACCCACUAUAUGCAUUAUAUACUGAGUGCCUCCCUGGGUGUCAUCGUCAGUAUGUCCCUACUUUCACAUGUCUCUAUUUUAACGGUGUACAUUGACAUGUCUAGAUAUUAUUUACCAAAUGUAAUUAAUGUAUGUUUGUAUACUUUUCUGUUAGUUCAUAGUUUUACCAUUUGAAAUAAUUAUGAGUUUGUAUUAUAAUUUUGUCCGGUUGUAAAUAAGUAUUUAGUAGUAAUGGACAGGAUGUUAUGUGAAUUCCUAACUACAAUUUUUAUUUAAGGUUCUCUACUUUACUCACCAACUGUCUGACUAGUUCUGAUCCAAAAUGGCACACUUGCGUUGAUUCACGGAGUCCAUGAAUUGAGCUUCAAAGAUAAUAUGGAAGCUAGCCACGCUAGCGAUUUCGGUUGUUUAUAAAUAAUGGCCAAGCGAUUUAGUCCGUUGAGGGCGUACAACGAAUCGCGACAAGAGCUCUAGUUGAUGACCGAAACGCGGAAGAUAUUAGUAAUCACUGCGAAAGUGAAGUCCCAAGUUGUUGCACAAUCCCAACACAAUUAAAAGAAAACUUGUCGCGUUAUCUUGUCCGCGAAAAAGACAAUGAAUUUGAAGCUCCUCUAUGGCACCCGGAAAAUGCGAAUAAAAUAAUCCACAGGUAUGUCCACAGAUGAAAAGAUGAACUCAAAAAUGCAGAACUAUAUAACUCCAAUAUAUAAAUAUCCAAGUGUAUAAAUCCAGUUAUGGGUAUAUAAAAUCCGAGAAGGGUUUAAUUGUAAAACCACGAGGUUUAGCGACUUUCUUCGGCAAACGCGUGACAUCGAAGUUGACUCCACGAGAUCACAAGAAGAAGUGAAGUAAAAACACGUUUCCACACAAAAAGCUCUGAGAUAAGCCACGCCUUGAACUGAAAUGAUUGGUUGAAUAAAAGUUUGUUGACCAUAAACAAAAGCUGUCAUUCGUUGAUGGGUUGUAAACAAAACUUGAUUGGCUGUUCAGAUGUCUACCAGGCAUGGAGUUUGGAAUGCGCGUACAUGUCAAAAAGUAUUACAAUACAGGAAAUGUUCGUGCGCUUACAAAUAUGUGAAAACACGUGAUUUGACAAAGGUGAAUGGACUUUAUAAAAAAUGAAGUUCUGUAUAAUUUGAAGAAAAGGUGAAGUUGCUACAAGUAUAUAAAUAAAAAAAUUAAUUUCAAUUAAUCUUCCAUCAGCUUUUUUUACACGUCUUCCGGUAUUGAUAAUGUCCGAUGGAUAUAUUAUGUUAUGACGAUGAUUAUGCUCUCCUUUCGUAGUCCCUAUCUAGUCUGCAGGCACAGACCCUGAUUGAAACUUUGAUCCACGCAAAUACUAGCACAUACAAAACUUGCUGUUGCAAUACAGGGGCCUUCAGUACACAAGGCAUGAGUAGGCUGCACAUUCAGACCCUAAACUCGAGUGAAGGGUUUGCACAGCAGACUAGUCCCUAAUGUGUACUCAACAAAGAGCUUUACUGAGUCUAAAAUAAUAUACCUAAUAGGCCUAGCCGCCUAUUAUAUAAAGAACUUAUCAGCCGAUUUAAUCAAUGAUUCAGCACAAGUCAUGUGCCUUGGUGCUCCUUGUACACGUUGUAGUAUUUUGGUUUUCCCCAUAUUUCUCUUUUAAAUUCACAUUCAUAUACUCGUUUACUAUGUCAUUAAUUGAAUUAUUAAUUUGUUUAUUAAAUGUAAUGUACUUGCUUUGUAUUGUGUUUAUGAGAAGUAAAACGUAUCAAUCAAUCAAUAUAAAUCAAAUGUACAUUAUAUUACAGGGAUGCAUGUCUGAAAUAAUUUUGAUAAGCGAUUUUGCUAAUGGAUUUUGUGUUCUUUCUUCAUAUUUUUUUCUUGUCAUUUUCUUCAAUUUUGAAUAUAACUUUUGUACAGGGAUACUUUAAAUAUGUUUUGUUAUUUGUAAGUCAAAAUGUACAAAACAAAAUGUAAUUGUUGAAAAUGGAAAUAAACGAAAUGAAAUCAAAUGAAAUGAAAUGCAUGUUAACUUGCAUGGAACAUGAUUUUAUAUUGAAUGUUAACAAUCUUUUUAACACUGCGAUUAAAUGGUGUGUGUCUACUGAAUGUAUCAUGUCGACAAUCAUCAGGUAUUGUGUUGGGAGACUGAAAAUGUCAAUAAAUUUCUUUCAUGGGUUGUGUUAAGGCCGAGACCGAAAGCCUGCGGCCAGUGGCGUACUUAGAAAAAAAAGGUCUUCAACCACAAAUAAAGGAUUUCGUACCAGAAAAAAAUUUGACAAGCAAAAAAAAAAAAUAAGUCAUCAAGUUCAAAGGAGCCACUUCUGGCUCGUCAGGGAUCAGUUGUAACUCGUCAGGGGGCAGGGA